AUUCAGAGUUUCAAUAAUGGAGCCAUCAAUAAGAUAACUUUGGUUGUUAAAGGUGAUGUCCAUGACACAGCUGGUGAGGUCAAGUCUGCUGUUGUAGAAUAUCUUGAGUGGAUAAAGGACACCAUUGGAUGUGUGGAAUGUUGCAUCAGACAUGUCCUGGCCGUGCCAGGGACUGUAGAACUGUCAUGGGUCCAGUCCCUGCCCUUCUGUGCUGUGCAUGUUCUCAAAGAAGCCUAUGCACACUGCAAGGACAGCACCAGUCUGUAUGGGGAUCUACUGCACCAUGUGGGUAGCCUGCUGGCUGAGUUGUUCAAGAGGACACAUUCUUUGCAAGUGUCUCUUGUGAAGCUGCUGGAGAAACUCUCCAUCACUGGAGCUCAGUUAGAAGACCAUGUUCAUGUUCUGUGUUCAGUGUGCUCCGGUUUGUUUGAGAUCUGUGGCAUCGUAACCUGCUUAGAUGUCAAGCUAGUGAUUGGCUUGUGGAAGGCCAUCAUCAAAUUAUGCAGUCAGCACAUACGUUUGCUGCGGGACCGAUUUGAUGCCUGCCCUCUCAUCAACUCUUUGUGUGAGGAAAUCAGACAAGGCUACCAGUACUUAUUUGAACUCUCUCUUGGGGCAGAUGCACUUUCCUUAUCACAGGGAGAUGACAAGACUUUCAGCAAAUCCUGCAAGAUCCUGGCAUUUCAGAUGAAGGUACUGGUGGCCUUGCUAAGAGAUUUUACAGAUUACCUUGGAAACUGUGAGAAGAAUGUUCUAGACUUACUGCUGGUUUUACACAGGUACUUGCCUCCAAGUCUGUGUGCUAAAGCAUUACCUCCAAAACUAGAGAGUGAAGUUCGAGUGCAGGUUGUCAGCGCUACAGCUCCCAUCUUAGGGCACCUGGUCCAAAACAGGGUGUUCAGAGCUGCUCUUACAUCUUUUGCUGAAGAGAGAAUACCUGAAGACAGACUGCCCCGGUUGUUGGUGCAGCUCAUGUUACUGGACAUGCUACCCAGAUGUGAAGCUGAUGUGAUUGAAUUCUGGUUGUCACCUGUCAACCACAUGAACCCUACACCAACCAGAGGACUUCUUUCUGCCAUAUUUGACUCAGUCCAAGAGUGUGAAGUAGAGAUGCAAAUUCCAGCUAUGUUGCCAGGAGUCAUGGUCGCUGGCAAACCUCAGAGACAGGUGAGCCUGUAUGAGUUCACUACUACACACCUGUGUGGAUUCAUUGGAGCAUGUCCUGCAAAACAUUUCUCUGUUUUGGAACAUACCCUUCUGGAGAAUGUACUAAGGGACAAUGAUCUUUCGUAUGUGAUAGCACUGGACUGCUGGUGUUUUUUGGUUCGAUAUGGGACUGCCGUGACCUGCAGAGACCAGGUUCAGACUCUCAUCCUAGCCUUCAAGCAGCUGAAGAAGAUCAGCCACAAGUUGGCAGACAAGCUCAGCUUUCUGAUUCACAGGCUGGUCAAGUUUAUGUCUCCAGACCAUCAGUCUGCUCUGGUGAAGCAGUUUUCUCCCAGUGAUGAACCCUGUUUAUGGAUAUCACUGGGCACCUCAUGUCUGAAUGACAGUCUCUCAGAAUCUGUCAGGCAUAUUCUGAUAUCCUGGGCCUUGUCUGUUUUACAAACACCAGCAGUUAAAGCACUUGAAGUGUUGAAUACGAGCAGGCUCUUUGCAGACCUAUUGAAGGACCGGCCUUUAUCAGAGUGUAUGUCCCACCCACAGCAGGUCCUGCUAGUUAACAACGUAUGUAACAUAUGGUCAGUGGUCCUGACCUCACCUCAGAUGCCAGGACCUAUCAGGGAGCUUCUGAUAGUCAGGCUUCUGCAGGUGACCACAUAUUUGUUGCCUGACAUGGAGGCAGGAGAUAUUCUCAAGGUUCUGACUAUUGUCCAGUCAUCCGUCAAAACUGCACAAACUUCAGAUGUUGCUGUUGCUGCUGCUGGUUGCCUGCUGUCAUUUGGACAUGUGAGGAUAGCCCCAUUGUUCCAGUCUCAGGUACUGAACAGGCUGUGCCAGCUAUUCAACAGCCUGUUAUCACAUCCGGACCCACUGGUUCAUCACCGGGCAUUGGAAGCAUUUGUUCAGUUUGCCAGUGAGACUAUGUAUGUAGAGGCAGUUGAGGCCUGCCUGCAGGGGAAUGAAGCUCUUCAGAUCAGAGUGGAGCACUUCCAGAACAGAAUCCCUUACCAGUCUUCACAGAAGGAGUUUGUAUUAGUGGACUACUUGAUAAGCCAAAUGAGCCAACCAGCACAGGAGGAGGCAGUUGCUACAACAGGUGUGGGUAGCACAGCAGCAGACGUCAGUGUAGAAGUGGGAGAUGAGGGAAUAACAGUGAGAUCUGCUGAUGCCACCACUGACGUAGCUGUUGAAAGCUGUCAACAAUCUGCCAGUGAGCAUCCUGCCAAACGAGCUAGAUUGUCCACCUCCUCUUCAGAUCUAACAGUGCCAGCAUCUCAGGCUGAAAGCUCUAGACCAGAAACAUACCAAAAGUUCCUGGAAACUUUAUCUACUGUAGCCAGAGACAUGGAACUUGAGUUCAGACAAGCAGGCCCUCCACCUCCAUCUUUUGUUGACGCAGUCAAAGAGGCCCUGACUCGAAUCAGCUUCUGCAUGUCGUCACACAAUAAUUGGUUUGAUAGUUUAUCGUGA